AUGGCGCCGGGGGUGGGACGGAGCUCGCGCGCCGCCGGGAAGCGCGGGGGCGGGGCGGCGUCGUCGUCCGCGGCCGCGUCCGCGUGCGUCUACUACGCCACCACGGGGGUGCUCGUCGCGCUCUGCGUCGCCGGGGCGUGCUUCCUCACGUCCACCUCGUCCGCGUCCAUCGCGGGGGCCGACGGCGGCGGGGACACGGCGGGCGGAGGCGGCGUCACGGCGUACCGCCACACCACGCGCUCCUCGUUCGCGUACGAGGUCACCAGGGAGAAGUCCGCGCCGUCUCCGCCGCGCGAGGUCGAGGCCGAAGAGGGUAGUGCCGCCGCCGAGCAGGAGCGCCGCAACGCCGUCGCCGUGGAGGACCCGCACGCCGCGCCCGAUCUGGACGAGCGCCUCUCCGGCGGCGAGGACCUUAGCAAGACCGACGCGGCGGCGGUACUGGACAAGGAGCCUGGCCGCGUCGCCUCCAGCGAGGCGGCCGCCGAGGAGGAGAACGCGGCGGCGGCGGGGAGCGCGGGCACGGAGCAAGAAGCGGCGGAGAACGAUCCGGACGAGCAGCAGCCGUCGCAUCUGCAGAUGCCGCGCGCCACGGUGGAGGAGAAGAGCCUGGACGGCGGCAUCGAGGAGGAGAGCAACGCGCGGCAGCGGCAGAGCGACGAGGAGGACCGCAUGAGCGCGGCGGCCGGGGACGACCAGCCCGGCACGGGGAUCCUCCGCCGCGAGGCGCAGGAAGACGAGGCCACGGAGCAGCCCCUGACGGAAGAGGAGCGUAGCAGCGACCAGUCGCAGGUCGAGGAGGACGGGCGCACGUUGGCGGAGUCCGACGCCGGCCUGGAAGAGGGUGGCGGCGGGGAGGAUGUGUCAGAGCACAAGGACGAUGACGCGGACGGCACUGGCGCCGGGUCGGAAAACCAAAACGGCGGCGUUGUCGACUCGCUGCCCGGCGAGGAAGAGCGCGGCGAGGACACGUCCGUUCGCGCCGGAGCGUGGGCGACGCAGGCCGAUCAGUCGCAUCGCGAGAAGGACCGGCGCAAGGACGACGCCAGCGGCAGCGUCACGGACGUCAAGGAGGAGAGGCCGCACGAGUGGAGGACGUGCAACGUCAAGGCCGGCGCCGACUACAUCCCGUGCCUGGACAACGAGAAGGCCGUCAAGAAGCUGCGUCCCGAGAACUUCCGCCGCUACGAGCACCGCGAGCGGCACUGUCCCGAUGAGGGUCCGACGUGCCUCGUCGCCUUACCCAGAGGUUACCGCCGCCCCGUGGAGUGGCCGACCAGCCGUGACAGGAUUUGGCUGAGCAACGUGCCACACACCAAGCUGGUGCAGGUGAAGGGGCACCAGAACUGGGUGAAGGUGAGCGGGCAGUACCUGCUGUUCCCGGGCGGCGGCACGCAGUUCAUCCACGGCGCGCUGCACUACAUCGACUUCCUGCAGCAGUCCAUGCGGAGCGGCGGCAUCGCGUGGGGCAAGCGGACGAGGGUGGUGCUGGACGUCGGCUGCGGCGUCGCCAGCUUCGGCGGCUACCUGUUCGAGCGGGGCGUGGUGACCAUGUCGUUCGCGCCCAAGGACGAGCACGAGGCGCAGGUGCAGAUGGCGCUGGAGCGCGGCAUCCCGGCCAUCUCCGCCGUCAUGGGCUCCAAGCGCCUCCCGUUCCCCAGCCUGGCGUUCGACCUCGUCCACUGCGCCCGCUGCCGAGUCCCCUGGCACGCCGACGGCGGCGCCCUCCUCCUCGAGCUUAACCGCGUCCUCCGCCCCGGCGGUCUCUUCGUCUGGUCCGCCACCCCCGUCUACCAGAAGCUCCCCGAGGACACCGAGAUCUGGAAAGCAAUGUCGGCUCUGACGAAAUCCAUGUGCUGGGAGCUGGUAACGAUCAAGAAGGACAGACUCAACGGCGUCGGCGCGGCCUUCUACCGGAAGCCGACGUCGAACGAGUGCUACGAGAGCAGGAGGCGGCAGCAGCCCCCGAUGUGCAGCGAGGACGACGACGCCAACGCCGCAUGGUACGUCCGGCUCAACGCGUGCCUGCACCGGGUGCCGACCGGCGCGGCGGAGCGCGGCGCGAGUUGGCCGGCGGACUGGCCGCGGCGGGUGCGGGUGCCGCCCAACUGGCUCAACAGCUCGCUGACCGGGGUGUACGGCAAGCCGGCGCCGGAGGACUUCGCGGCGGACUACCAGCACUGGAGGCGCGUCAUGGACAGGUCCUACCUCAACGGCCUCGGCGUCGACUGGUCCAGGGUGAGGAACGUCAUGGACAUGAGGGCCUCCUACGGAGGGUUAGCCGCGGCCCUUAGGGACCAGAAGCUCUGGGUGAUGAACGUCGUCAACGUCGACGCGCCGGACACGCUGCCGAUCAUCUUCGACCGCGGGCUGUUCGGAAUGUACCAUGACUGGUGUGAGUCCUUCAGCACCUACCCGAGGACGUACGAUCUUCUGCACGCCGACUACCUCUUCUCAAAGAUAAAAGACAGGUGCACCGUGUUGCCCGUCGUCGUCGAGGUCGACAGGAUCGUGAGGCCAGGGGGCAGCAUCAUCGUGCGCGACGAGUCCAACGCCGUAAGCGAGGUGGAGAAGCUCUUGAAAUCGCUUCACUGGGACGUGAGACUGACCUUCUCCAAGAACAAUGAAGGGGUGAUGUACGCCGAGAAAUCGGAUUGGCGGCCGGAGCUGAUCGCCGAACCAACAUAA